AUGCCACCCUGCGCAUCCCUGCGCGAGAUCGCCAGACGACCAGUACUGGCUGGACUGAGACCGGAAGAGUACGCCCUGGUAUGCUUGAUGCUUCACUUCAAGGACCCCGGCAGCGGUGAGGUGCUGUUCUUGGCUCGGCUACGAGAGGUGGCCGAGAUGUUGGCCUUCAUCUCCUUCUUUUCUGGGGUGUACUACACCUACAAGGCCUGCAACAGCGCCGACGAGCCACGUCACAUGGGGUCGGGCUCCUUCUUCGCAGGGCAGCAGGAACAUCGACAAGGAGCUCACAUGCUGUUGUGGACCUUGCUGGCGCCGCAGCAGUGGGUCAUGCACUCCCGGCUCUACACGAAGGGCACGGUGCUCGAGUCCACGCAGCUUCUCAUCACCACGGCCUUAUGCAUGGUCUUUGGUUUGGCAGCUGUGCAGGUGGACAUGUUCGGAACCGAUGCCUGGAUCAGCCCUCACUGGGAGGUCCGCAUGUGGUUCAUGCUCUCAGCCACCUGCCUCCUCGUCACCCUGCGAAAAGCCAGUCAGCUGCCCUUGGAGCCAGUCACUGCCAAGUCAGGCAUAUUCUACCUCAAGGUGAAAUACGUCCUGUGGCUGGCCUACCCUGUGAUCUACAUCGCGCGAUCCUUUGACUUCAUCAGCGCGUGGCAGGAGGAGGUCAUUUUCCUCACUUUCCUGGACGUGAUUGCGAAGUCUUUGUCUUUGAUCGCGAGCUGCACUGGGCCCUUGUUCACGCUGUUUGUCAGCACCUGGGGCCACUGGCACGUCUCAGGCGGAUCCCAUGAUAUCCGUGUGACAGUGCGAGCGGUCGAAAUGGACUCGUCUGAAGGCGACGGGGAGCGGACACUUGGGAUCCCGGAGAAUGCCUCUCUGGUCCUGUGUGCCGCUGGUGGCUGGGAAGGGAGCAGGCGGAGCAGGGGCAAGGGCGUCAGGUGUAUCGAAGGUGCCACGGGCGCUGAACUGCAGCGCGCCUCCACACGCUGCGCCCUCUUGGGCAGUGCACUUGCCGUAUGGGGAACGGCCACAGGGUCGGAGACGGAGGUAGCAGCCGUGAUUCUGAUAUCUCUGUCUUUGUGCCUGGAGGCCUUGGCGGCCCUGAGACGCCGCAGCCAAGCAGCCUUGGCUCAGUCGGCAGAAGGUUCGCCCAGACCUGACCUUUCUCGAGUAGCACCACCCCGCCUUUGGAUCGUGGCCCCUGCGAUCCUAGCCAUGGCCACCCUCACAGCCUGUGCUCCAGGCGCGGUGCGAUGGCUUAGCAUACUCCCCCGCACUUGGCAGGGCCUGCCGGGAGUGCUCUUUGCUUGUCUGGUGCACUCCUCCUGGCAUCACUUCUUCUGGAACGCUAUAGCCCUGGCCUUGUUGGCUGCCUGCGCCAUCCGCGCUGGGGUCGUUAACUUGCCAGCAGCCUCUGCGUUCAUCGCCGUUAGCAGCGGCUUUUGUGUUUGGUGUCUUGCGCGGCCGGCAUUCCAUGCAGGCGCUAGCGGCGUGGUGUGCGGCUAUUUAGGAUUGCUAGUUGCGCUUCUGCUAAGACGUGGCGACGUGCCUGUCAGCACUUUGCUCAUGGUGCUUGGCGUGGUGGUUUGUUACAGCAGUGCACUUCUGGUACAUGGCUCGGGCUCUGCCCCAAACUUACUUUACGAGGCCUGCACUUCGUCCACGACCUCUGCUGAGCACCACACCUUCGGCUUUCUCUCAGGCCUCGCGUGCGCGCUGUUCUUCGUGCGCUUGCCCAGGGAGAGGGCGUAG